CAAAACACAGAAAGAAUCGUUCUUCAUCAUCGUCAGUGUUGGGUUAAAGAUCGUACAAAACUACGAAAAUAGUCCGGCAAACCUUCCGAUCGGUUCGGUGAUAGUAAAUCGUUUCCCACAAGUCGCGUGUACUCAUUCGUCGACCAUCAGAAUGGUGACCCAAGCGGCAACAACGUCGUCUGCCGACAGCCAGCCCAUCGUGGACGUAGAGAUGGAGAGUGCCGAGGAUGCGGAGGCAGCGAAGAAAGACGCAGAGUUGCUAGCAGUCCAGGAGAUUCGUGACCAUGCCCGACAGAUCGACAAGGCGGUCGUAAGCAAGGAGCCACGGUUCAUUCUGCGCGUAUUGCGAUCACUUCCUACGACCCGCAAGAAGCUGGGCCUCGUAGUCGUCCGCUCGCUGGCGGUGCAACUGUAUCCGGCCGGAUCGGAAAGGGACGGCAUUAUGGCAUACAUCGAGGACUAUCCGGCUGGGGCACAGGAGCCAGAGCUUCCGCGUCCGCGGGCGGCAAUCAAGAGUCCCGUGCCGGAGGUCGAUGUGUACUUCCAUUUGUUGCUGCUGGUGCGGCUAUUGGACAAAAAUGAGCUGCCAAAGGCAACCAAAUGCUCGCAGGAUCUGAUUACGAAGAUUGUGGGACAAAAUCGCCGCUCGUUGGAUCUGAUUGCGGCCAAAUGCUACUAUUAUCACUCGCGCGUAGCCGAACUGAACGGCAAUCUGGAGAGCAUCCGUGCGUUUUUGCACUCCCGGCUGCGUACGGCCACUUUGCGGAACGAUUUCGAAGGCCAAGCGGUGCUGAUAAACUGUCUGCUGCGCAACUAUCUCCACUAUUAUCUGUACGAUCAAGCGGAUAAGCUGGUGAACAAGUCGGUAUUUCCGGAAACGGCCAGCAACAAUGAAUGGGCACGUUUCCUGUACUAUCUCGGGCGAAUUAAGGCAGCCAAGCUAGAGUACAGUGUGGCCCACAAGCAGCUGGUGCAAGCGCUACGCAAAGCGCCUCAACAGGCGGCCGUUGGCUUUCGACAGACUGUACAGAAGCUGGUGAUCGUCGUGGAGCUGCUGCUGGGCGAUAUUCCCGAGCGUAAGGUAUUCCGGCAGGCGGCACUACGCCGUUCACUUGGACCGUACUUCCAGCUUACGCAGGCCGUCCGAUUGGGAAACCUGCAGCGUUUUGGAGAGGUGCUUGAAAACUUUGGCGAACAGUUCCGCCAAGACCACACCUUUACACUGAUCAUACGUCUCCGACACAACGUGAUCAAGACCGCUAUCCGUUCGAUCGGUUUGGCCUACUCACGCAUCAGCCCGCAGGAUAUCGCACGAAAGCUUGGCCUCGAUUCGCCCGAGGAUGCCGAAUUCAUUGUGGCAAAGGCGAUCCGCGACGGUGUCAUCGAGGCUACGCUCGACCCCGAGAAAGGCUACAUGCGCAGCAAGGAAAGCACUGACAUCUAUUCCACGCGCGAACCGCAGCUCGCCUUCCAUCAGCGUAUUUCUUUCUGCUUGGAUCUGCACAACCAAAGCGUGAAAGCGAUGCGAUACCCACCCAAGUCGUACGGCAAGGAGCUUGAGAGUGCCGAGGAAAGAAGGGAACGUGAGCAACAGGACCUCGAGUUGGCCAAGGAGAUGGCCGAAGAGGAUGAUGACGGAUUCUAAACGGGGACAGGUACAGGAAGCGCCAAUGUGUUGUGCCCAGUCGCCGGUUCACCCUAAUGUAAUCUGUUUGCUUUUUCCCUUUGCUACCCCGAAAUUGCAAAUGUUUCGCGAGAAAUAAAUAAUGGUACUC